AUGGAAGCUCACGUGAACAAGAACUUUGCAGAGAACACCAUGAAUGAACUUCUUGGCUGGUACGGCUAUGACAAAGUUGAAUUAAAAGACGGUGAAGACAUUGAGUUCAGGAGCUACCCUACUGAUGGGGAGAGCCGGCAGCACAUUUCUGUUCUCAAAGAAAAUUCCUUGCCAAAACCAAAAUUACCGGAGGACAGUGUUAUUUCAUCAUACAAUAUAAGCGCAGGCUAUUCAGGCCUUGCCACUGGGAAUGGACUCAGUGACUCACCUGCAGGGUCAAAGGACCAUGGCAAUGUGCCCAUUAUUGUACCUUUAAUCCCACCACCUUUCAUAAAGCCGCCAGCAGAAGAUGAUGUGUCAAAUGUACAAAUAAUGUGUGCCUGGUGCCAGAAAGUGGGAAUCAAGCGCUAUUCCCUGAGUAUGGGAAGUGAGGUGAAAAGCUUCUGCAGCGAGAAAUGCUUUGCCGCCUGCCGGAGAGCCUACUUCAAAAGAAACAAGGCUAGAGAUGAAGAUGGACGUGCUGAAACUUUCCCCCAGCAGCACUAUGCUAAGGAAACUCCAAGGCUUGCCUUCAAGAAUAACUGCGAACUACUUGUGUGUGACUGGUGUAAACACAUAAGGCAUACAAAAGAAUACCUGGAUUUUGGGGACGGGGAAAGAAGGCUUCAGUUCUGCAGUGCAAAAUGUCUCAAUCAAUACAAAAUGGACAUUUUCUACAAAGAGACACAGGCCAAUCUUCCAGCUGGGCUGUGCAGCACAUUACACCCUCACAUGGAAAGUAAAGCAGAAGGCACCGGGGUGCAGCUGCUCACUCCAGACUCUUGGAAUAUCCCACUAACAGAUGCUCGGAGGAAGGCUCCCUCCCCGGUGACUGCAGCUGGCCAAAGCCAGGGCCCUGGCCCAUCCUCGUCCACCACCGUCUCUCCAUCUGACACUGCCAACUGCUCUGUCACUAAAAUCCCCACGCCAGUGCCCAAGUCCCUCCCCAUCAGCGAGACUCCAAAUAUCCCUCCUGUCUCGGUCCAGCCACCUGCUAGCAUCGGACCUCCGCUGGGCGUCCCGCCUCGCAGCCCUCCCAUGGUGAUGACCAACCGCGGCCCGGUGCCGCUGCCCAUCUUCAUGGAGCAGCAGAUCAUACAGCAGAUCCGCCCGCCCUUCAUUCGCGGGCCGCCGCACCACGCCUCCAACCCCAACAGCCCCCUGUCCAAUCCCAUACUUCCGGGCAUUGGGCCUCCGCCCGGUGGCCCCAGAAACCUUGGCCCCACUUCCAGCCCCAUGCACCGGCCCAUGCUAUCACCCCACAUCCACCCACCAAGCACCCCUACCAUGCCUGGGAACCCCCCGGGGUUGCUGCCCCCACCGCCCCCGGGCGCGCCCUUGCCCAGCCUUCCCUUCCCUCCGGUAAGCAUGAUGCCAAACGGCCCGAUGCCAGUGCCCCAAAUGAUGAACUUCGGGCUGCCGUCGCUUGCCCCGCUGGUGCCGCCCCCUACGCUACUCGUGCCGUACCCAGUGAUCGUGCCCCUGCCGGUGCCCAUCCCUAUCCCUAUCCCCAUUCCCCAUGUCAACGAUUCCAAGCCCCCCAACGGAUUCUCGAGCAACGGGGAGAGCUUCGUUCCGAGUGCCCCAGGCGACUCGGCGGCAGCGGGAGGCAAGUCGGGGGGACGCUCCCUGUCUCCGCGGGACUCCAAGCAGGGCUCGUCCAAAACGGCCGACUCGCCGCCUGGAAGCUCCGGCCAGGCUCUGAGCCUGGCGCCCUCCGAGCGCGGCCGUGGGGAGGUGGUGGACCUGACCCGGCGCGCCGGCAGCCCCCAACCACCGCCCCCAGUGCCACCCAAAAAGCUGCUGUCGCCAGAGGAGCCCGCGGUGAACGAGCUGGAGUCUGUCAAGGAGAAUAACUGCGCUUCCAACUGCCACCUGGAUGGGGAGGCGACCAAAAAGCUGAUGGGGGAGGAGACCCUGGCGGGGGGCGACAAAUCAGACCCAAACCUCAAUAAUCCCGCGGACGAGGACCACGCCUAUGCUCUACGGAUGCUGCCCAAGACCGGCUGCGUGAUCCAGCCUGUGCCAAAACCCACAGAGAAGGCUGCCAUGGCACCGUGUGUCAUCUCCUCGCCCAUGCUCAGCGCCGGCCCCGAGGACCUGGAGCCGCCGCUCAAAAGGAGGUGCCUCCGAAUUAGAAACCAGAAUAAGUAAAAGGAACACCCGCUCCCAGGGUACCUUGCAUGGAGAGAGGGCGUGGAGCAAAUCCUGUCAUGCCAUCCAAUGACACCAGCUGGUCAGCUCACCACCCCCCUCUGGCUAACGUUCAAGCAAAUAACACAGCUUCCUGUCAUUAAACAUCUUGGAGGAAGCAGCCCUCCCUGGUGGCCUCUAGGCCAGAGAAGCCAGCAAGUCUUGGACCCACCGAGCUCGGGCCCAGCAUUCCUGCUCCUUCCAUCUCUGCUUCUCCCCAGAGGAACUUAGGGAUUUCGCUGGUUGAAAACAAACAAACAAACAAACAAACACCACCAACACGCCACAAGGACCAAUGUAGGUAUUCUCCUCACCCCAUCUUCAAGGCUGUACGACUGAGGCCGGAAGAUGUUAGGGACUGGAAAACAAGAGUCUUUUUUAAAUCUUUUUAAGAACUUCUGUGGUUUGCUGCUACGAUGAGAGUUGUGAUUUGCUUUUAUGGUUUAGGAACAGAGCUGUUCACGUUUUCUGGUGAGGAGAAGCGAUGGUGCUGGAGUCCCAAAGCUUCAGAUGCAUCUGCCCCAGCCCACGAUGCACUUUUAAAUGAAGAGGUAGAAUAUUUUAUUGGCUAAUAUACUUUUCAUGUUAUUUUUUACAAAGGCCACCUUUAUCCUUUUUGAUGCCAUAUUUUCAGUGUUACACUUUUAUGGCUUUUAAUUUUCGAUCCGCCAGAUGUAAGAAGCAGCAUGGAUAGUUUAUACUGUGGUUUUACGGAGACCGAAUGCCAAGAGAACUCGGUAAAUGUUUCUUCUUCUCAGCUUUCUCUUGAAAUGCCCCUAAAUAGCGCCCCAUUUGGGAACAGAGAGUGAGUGUCGAACUGAAGACCAAAAUGCCCUCAAGGUGUAAUAUAAUCUGAGGGGGGGGGGGAUAUUUGCUGGGCGUCAGGAGAGACUCGGAUGAAAUUUCAACCCUGAUGGUUUUCGGAGAUCCAGGAAGUCAGUGAGACAAUCUCUCUAUACGCAGAGCCCUUUCAUGAUAAUUAGAAUGGUAUGGGCGAACCAAUGAAAACAAGAGGAAAGUGAGAAAGAUCGCCCAGGAUUCUGUUUCACUGUUUGCUUUCUCCUGUCAUGCUUAAGAGAAAUGUGCAAUUCGAUCCUCGAUCAGCGGGUGGAGGAUAACAGGGUAGAUUUACUUGUGUGCACUUGUACAGUUGUAGCUGCGAGUCCAGAGUCCUCUAGAACAUGUGUGCCGACGCUGAGUUGGCGAGACAGUCGUGGAGUGCCCCAGUCUGAUGAGAAAAAAAGAAAAGAAAAGGAAAAAAAAUUUAAAAAAAAAAAGAGAAGAAAACCUUAAAAAAAAAAAGUCAAAUCAAAUCACCUUGUGAUUCAGUGUAUCUGUUUACUAACUCAAAUAAAAGCAAUUGUUCCCUCUGGAGGGGUCUGGGUGCCCCACCCCUCCAGGCCAUGGAGCCUCAGCAGGAGGGUGGCGGUCAUGGUGGGAGGGGAAGCAGGGCUGGCCUCUCUGGUCGCAGCACUGGGGCCGCAGAUGCGUGUACAUACUGUAUUUCUAUGCCCUCCUUUGUACAGUCGAGUCAGGCUGCUGUCUUACAGGUGCUCCUUAUUUAUUAGAGCCGUCAGAGCUUGGGGGACACACCUGGCGAGCAAGCUCGCUUUUUAAACAUGAAAUCGGGGGUGGGGGGUGGGGGAAAAGGGAGGCGGGAGGGAGGUAGCGCUCUCAAGCCCAGGGAGAGGUUUAUAAAAGGGAAUGGAAAACCUUCCAACAGCAAAUUAAAGCAGCCAACAGCCCACCACCAAACCCACCUGUGAGGAGGCCGCAGCCCCUCUGGGUGCUCCUUUUCCCGCGGUGUCAGAUUCGUCGGACGAAAUAAAUCUCUGAGAAACGACGACGCACUUA